AUGGCUCCUGCGCGUGUGAUUGCGGAGUCACCUCCCGGUGUGAGCCUCGACUAUGAUUGGACAGCUCAUGAACUCCGUCUAAACCCCCCCCAAGACACUCAGUCUUCUUCCAUUAAGGCAGACAUCAUAAACGGAACACAACCCCCCAUUUCACCCUUUUCUUCAGACGUCUUUGGACCUCUGAACUUCAGCAUCGCUUCGCGUAGCUCAAGUUCCCACCACUCUACCACCCCCACGAUCGACUUUCAGUCGUUCACCACGGAUCAAUUCCAGCAAUCAUGGCUUCCCUCGCCCCCGCCUCCACAGCCAUCGGCUCCCAGUUUGAACAACAACAGCAACAACAACAACAACAGUGCACUCGAGGACUUCGUACUCUAUCCUCAGCCUCGCCCGCAGCCUCGUCCCAGAGACUCGCGUCUACUCGCUCCUCCGAGUACAGCCCUUAAGCCGUCUGCUUUGAAGCCCUUUUUGGCCCAGAACACUCCUCGUCGACAGACUUUCAGCCUGCAGUUGCAACGCCAUCUCCAGCAGCAGUUCUCUGGUUCUCCUGUUCAAGACCCCAGAGUGACCAAGCUUGCCCGGUCUCCUUCCUACUGGUCUCACCCCACUGUGAAGCACUCUCAGCUCAAUUCAGCAACUGUGCCUACCAAUUCCCCUCAACGUCCCCCCGUCCCGCUAUUCCACACCGAUAAUAUCGAAAAAAAAUACAUGCAAACAUAUCGCCGCAAUAUGUCCGCCCCUAACUUCCAAGGUAAUACUCAACGCUACCCCGCCUUUUCAUCUCAUCCCGCUAACCCCCGCCCUCCAGAACACGAUAGUGAACUUUUCGGUCUGCCCUCUGCAGGCGCCAUGGCCCCGAUGACUUUCGAUGAUCUCUUGGGCCAGGAGACUGGUGAGGCUCUGUCCCCCGAGGCCCUCACUGGAACCAUCUCCCCCAAGGAUCUGAUGUUCGAGUCCAUCCCGCCCUCUGGUACUUUCACAGACCUCAGCACCCCUCCUUUCGACUCCCCGGGUACCUUCAGCCAAAACCCAUCGCCCCUGUUCACUGAUGUGGACUUCAUGGGUCAUGAUGAAUGGCCCCCUCUCUUCCAUGACGGUCUCGCUGUAAACACCGCUGCAUCUGGUCUCUUCGAUACCGAUGCCUCUGAUUUCAACGUUGCCGCCCUGUCUGAGCCCAAGAAGGAGGUCCACGCUUCCAUUGAGAUGUCACCCGCCCCCAAGCGUUUGUCAUUAAAGUCUUCGCCUAUCUCUGCUACUGGUACUACCAAGCACUCCAGCAUCUCUGGCAUCUCUCGCCAGCGUAAGGAUCUAUCUCCUGUGGAGUUCGAUCCCAGUGACCCUAUUGCCGCCAAGCGUGCUCGUAACACCGAGGCUGCUCGCAAGUCGCGCGCAAAGAAGCUGGCGCGUCAAACUACUGCUGAAUCCCGUAUCAAGGUUCUCGAAGACAAACUGGCCCAGCGUGACGAGCUCAUCGCCAACCUGCAGGCUCAGCUUGAGCUUCACAAGUCUUUCCAGUGA